GUGCGCUGUGUCACUCGGACACAGUGGAUCACCGAUCAAUCAACAGAAAGAGCCGAUGAUGCCGGCUCGGUCAUGUGAUCAGCUAUGUCCAAUCACAGCUGAUCACAUGGGACAUCUACACUGAUCAUCAGGGCACUGAUGAUCAGUGUGCCCUGAUGAUCUGUGUAGCCCCAUCAGUGCCACCUAUCAGUGUCCAUCAGUGCCAGCUGUCAGUGCUCAUCCAUGCCACCUGCCAGUGCCACAUCAGUGCCACAUUUCAGUGCACACCAAUGCCACAUAUCAGUGCCCAUCUGAGCUGCCUUUCAGUGUCACCCAUCAGUGCCAGUCAGUGCCACCUAUCAGUGCCGCCUAUCAGUGCCAGUCAGUGACGCCUAUCAGUGUACAUCAGUG